AUGGCGAGCUUCUUCUCGAAAAGUGUCGUCGCUUCCUUGCUUCUGGCUGCUGGUACGAGCCAAGCUAGUACAAUCUUAGCUCCGGACUACGAUAUUGUGUUCCCUUCCAGCAAGACCUCAUCAAACCCUCUGCCGUACUCGGUGGCCAACUCUCCCUACUUUCCUGGUCCCAACGUCAAUGGAGUGGACAAUGAGGUACCGAAGAAAUGCACCGUGCAACAGGCAGCCUACGUGGUGAGACACGGAAGUCGCUUUCCCGACACUGGAUCCUACAAUGCAUGGGUCGCACUCAAGGACAAGAUCCAAAUUGCCGUCAAUGGCUCCAACUUUGAAGCCCGCGACUCCUUGUCCUUCAUCAAGGACUGGACUCCUGUUUUGACCAACCCGAAAUUGCAAAUUGCGCAAGAAUCCAUGACCGGAUGGAAGGAGGUUGAUCCGGACUUUUAUGAGGAUGGCAAUCCCUUCUACGUCUGGGCUAAUCAGUACGCGAAUCCCAUUAACAAAUCCCGUGUCGUUCAAACCGCCCGGGCCUUCGUUCGAGGCUAUCUCUACGAGUUUGCCGACACAUACGGCACAGUUGUGAGCGUGAACUCCACUGGGUCCGUGAACGCAAUUGGCAACUCCCUGGGCCCCUCGGACUCGUGUCCCAAGUUCGGCGCCACCUCCAGCGGUGGAAAUAAUGUGACUGACUUCGAUGCGACAUGGGUUCCCAAGGCCUUGAAGCGCAUCAACAAGCUCGUGCAUGGUAAUCUCACCUUCACCGAGUCAGACAUUCUGUUCUUCCCCUAUCUGUGCGGCUACGAAAGUCAGAUCACUGGCCGUCUCAGCAACUGGUGUGGUGUGUUUACCGAGGACGAACUCCGUCACUAUGCGUAUUCGCAAGACUUGAGCUACUAUUACGGCGUAGGCCCAGGAUCCGAUGGUCCCGCUCGCAAUCUCUUCCUGCCUUUCCUGGAAAGUCUUCUCACCCUUCUGAGUGCCGGCCCAGGGCAGACCGGUAUUGCUGCCGAUGGUGGCUGUUUCGAUAUCCCCCGUCUGGUCAUGGCCUUUUUGAACGAUAAUCAAAUUGCCGAGAUGACCUCGGCCAUGGGCAUCUUUGACAAUGAGGAUCCUCUGCCCCUGGAUCGUGUUCCUAAGCAUCGCCUUUACAAUGUCGCCCAUUUCAUCACCAUGCGUGGCACCGUGGCCUUUGAGACCAUGAACUGCCAGGUUGGAUCUGGGCAUCGCUCGGGUAAUGAGACGUAUGUGCGUGUGUUGUUCAACGACGCAGUCUACCCUGUGGCCAAUUGUCAGAAUGGCCCCGGGAAGAGUUGUCUGUUGUCUGAUUACUUGGCGUUGAUCAAGAAGAAGAGUCAGGCGGCGGGUAACUGGAAUGACUACUGCAAUGUGACUCGCCCGGGCCAUCCCGAGAAGGUUGCGGGAGCCAGCUUCUUCAGUGAUCUGUCUCUCGACUUUUUGACCUUUGUCAAGCCUUGA